CCCUGACCGGGAAUUGAACCGUAACCUCCUAGUUCAUAGGUCAAUGCUCAACCACUGAGCCACACCAGCCGGGGUAUUGGUUGAUUCUUGUGCGUGCCCUCACCCGGGAUCGAACCCGCAGCCUUGGCGUAUCGGGACAAUGCUCUCACCUACUGAGCUACCCGGCCAGGGCCCAGGUUUUGUGUUUAAUUUGCAGAAGCUUCGCCUGUUUGACUCGGCACACGUCAGGGCGGCCUCGCCUUGGUUCUCGGUCUUGCUAUUCUUUGUGAAUGUGUGUGUGUGUGGCGGGCGGGACCCCACGGCCCUGGGAUCGCUGAGGCCCCUCUGGGAGUCCAGAGGAAGGACCCCCGCCCUCUGACCUUCGGUUGCAGCCACAGGAGCUCCCGCCUGCCACGGCCAGAUUCUUCAGCUGUCUGCCCAUCAGCACCCUCUCAGGGAGGAAUGUUCAGUGCUGCCGUGAUGUCAGAGGGGCCCCAGGAGCAGGGCCUGGGCCAGACCCGCCUCCCUCCCGGCCCCCUCCCGGCAGAGUGGGAGAUAAGCGAGGGCUCAAAGAGAGCCCGCAGGUCCCGGCUGCGUGACCGACCGGGGAUCGCUGUGCGGGCACUGGGCACGGAGGCAGCUGUUAGCGCCCGGAACCAUGACCUUGCAGACGCCACCGCCCCAGUGAGGCCGGGCCCUGCGUGCGCCCCCCUGCUCGCCCCGUCCAGCCUGCCCCGGGAUGUCGGGGGCCUCCAAGGAGGGCGCGGGGGCCCGGGGGCUGCCGGCCGCGGGCAAGGCCUGCCUGUCCAGCCUGGACCGGAAGCUGAGCGCGCUCAACGAGAAGGUGGACAAACUCCUGCACCUCCAGGAAGACACCACGGAGAGGCUGCAGGGCGUGUGCCGAGGCCUGGACCACCUGGAGCAGGGCCUGCACCGGCUGGAGGCCUCCCGGGCCCCGGACCCCACGGGGGCUGGCCCCGCCCCGCCGGGCGACCCUGCCCCUCCAGGGGACGCGCAGGCCGCAUGGCCCGAGGUCCUGGACCUGGUGCGGGCCGUGCGGCAGGAUGCGGCCCAGCACGGCGCCCGACUCGAGUCCUUGUUCCGGGUGGUGGUGGCCGUGGACAGGGCCCUCGCCUUGGUGGGGGCCGUGUUCCAGAAUUCCAAGGUGGUGGACUUCAUCCUGCAAGGCAGCGCCCCCUGGAGGCGAGGGCGCCCGGCCCCAGGCCCCGCCCAGGACAAAGAGAGAGAGGAGGCGGCGGGAGCCAAGCCGCAGCGCGCGCUGAGCAGCCGGGGCGUGCAGGCCGAGCUCCGGGGGCCUCGGGAAGGGAGCCAGCAGGCUGACCUGCCGGAGGGCACAGCGGCGAGGCUGCCCGCGGUCGGCGCUUCGGGGAUGGGAUCCGACGUCCUGGCCCAGCCCGAGGCCCAGCCGGCGCCCCGGCCGGAGCAGGGAGGCGGGGUCCCCGGCCCAGACCAGGCGCCCGCUGGACACCCGCUGCCGCCCACAGAGGCAGACGCCGCCGCUCCCGGGGCGUCCGGCGAGACCCCCGAAACCAGCCAGGCGGCGGCGCCAGGCGCGGGACAAGGGCCACCGUCCAGCGGGGCUGACACUGUGCCCGCAGAGGAGGGCGUGACGCCGACCUCAGGCCCGCCCGCCGGGGCCACCGCAGCUCCCCGCGGCGAGGACACGCCUCCCAGGCUCUCGGUCCACGUGCAGGAGACGGACAGGCCCGGGCAGCUGCGGGAGAGGCCAGGGGGCAGCCUCAGUGCCGCGCCCCCCGCGGAGGCCCCUGCCGCUGCCCAGGCCGGGGAGCGGGACCCGCCUGCGCACGGGGACAGGCCCCAGGCCCCGGGGACCGAGUCGGGGGAGCCGAGCCCGGAAGGAGCCAGCGCGUGGCCCCGGCCGCCGGCGCGGAGCAGCGACGGGGGAGCAGAGGCGGCGGACCAGCCAGGAUCGGCAGCCGGAGCCGCCCUGGCACCGAGCGGGGCCCCGGGCCCAGGAGCAGGGGACCCGGAGCCCGGGAGGGACUGCGCCCCUGGGGGCCUGGGCGGCGCCGAGGCUGGCGGCCUGGUUCUGGAUGACAGCCCGGCCCCGCCGGCCCCGUUCGAGCACCGGGUGGUGAGCCUGAAGGAGGCCUCGGCCGCGGCGGGCUAUGCCGUGUGCCAGCACCAGGUCCUGGGCGGGGGCCGGUUCGGCCAGGUCCACAGGUGCACGGAGAGGUCCACGGGCCUGGCACUGGCGGCCAAGGUCAUCAAAGUGAAGAGCAACAAGGAUCGGGAGGAUGUGAAGAAUGAGGUCGCCAUCAUGAACCAGCUGAGCCACGUGAACCUGAUCCAGCUCUACGACGCCUUCGAGAGCAAGCAGAGCUGCACGCUGGUCAUGGAGUGCGUGGACGGGGGAGAACUCUUUGACCGGAUCACGGAUGAGAAGUACCACCUGACCGAACUGGACGUGAUCUUGUUCACCAAGCAGAUCUGCGAGGGCGUGCACUACCUCCAUCAGCACUACAUCCUGCACCUGGACCUCAAGCCGGAGAACAUACUGUGUGUCAACCAGACAGGACACCAAAUAAAGAUCAUUGACUUUGGGCUGGCCAGAAGGUACAAGCCGCGGGAGAAGCUGAAGGUGAACUUCGGCACGCCCGAGUUCCUGGCCCCCGAAGUCGUCAACUACGAGUUCGUCUCGUUCCCCACGGACAUGUGGAGUGUGGGCGUCAUCACCUACAUGCUACUCAGCGGCCUGUCCCCGUUCCUGGGGGAAACCGACGCCGAGACCAUGAACUUCAUCGUGAACUGCUGCUGGGACUUCGAGGCGGACACCUUCGAGGGGCUGUCGGAGGACGCCAAGGACUUCGUGUCCCAGCUGCUGGUCAAAGAGAAGAGCUGCAGGAUGAGCGCCACCCAGUGCCUGAAACACGCGUGGCUGAGCCAUCUGCCCGCCAAGGCGUCCCGGUCCCAGAAACACUUCCACGCGGUGACUGCCGCCAACAGGUUAAGGAAAUUUCCCACCUGCCCCUGACCCGGGACUGGACUCCGCCGCCCCCUGGGCCGAGCCGUUCCGGAGGCCGCGGGGAUGCCCGGAGGCUGUGGAUCCCCGGCCUCUGGCGCAGCCGGGUUCCAGGAACUUUGUGAGAGGUUCUGGCCGGGCCUUCCCCGUGGGUGACCGUGGCUGGAAGAAGGUGACGUCAGGACUGUUUCGCUGCCGUGGGAGCCCGCUGGUGUGAAAUGCUGUGUUUCCUCGCCAGGGGCACCCGCUUUGGGGGGCGCGUGUGGGGAGAGAGCAGGCGGCGGUGGGAUGCGGAGCGCGCUCUGACUCAGGGACUCGCUCAGUGGCCCGGCCCGCGGGUCUCCCUGGGCACAGGGAAGCCCUGCCGCUCCGAUCCCCGGGGCUGGGCCAGGCUGCAUUUAUUGUCCGACCGACCCGCGCUGUGUGCUGCCCUCCUCUAACAUGUUUAACUUGUGCUCCCUUUUGAGAAUGGAAACGUGCAUCCUUUGCUAGUCUUUGAAAUUUUGAAAUAUACUGGCCGUCAUGGCUGAAAGAGGACAAGGGUCAAGUGGAAUGCGCUUCAUGUUUUUAUUGAUUUUAGAGAGAGAAGAAGGAAGUGGAAUAGAGAGUAACAUCAAUUGGCUGGCCCUAGUCGGUUUGGCUCAGCAGAUAGAGCGUCAGCCCUUGGACUGAGGGUCUCGGGUUCGAUUCCGGUCAAGGGCAUGUACCUUGGUUGCAAGUUCAGUCCCAACCCUGGUCGGGCCGCAUGCAGGAGGCAACCAAUAGAUGUGUUUUUCUCACCUCGAUGUUUCUCUGUCUCUCUGUCUCUCUCUCUCCCUCCCACUCUCUCUAAAAAUCAGUGGAAAAAUAUCCUCAGGUGAGGACUAACAAUAAAAUAAAAUAAUAAUAAUAAAAAGAAGCGUCAGUUGGCUGCCUCCUGCAUGCCCCCGACAGGGGAUUGAGCCCACGGCCCGGGCAUGUGUUUUGACCUCUUGGUUCAUGGGUCGAUGGUCAGUCACGGAGCCACAGGGGCGGGUUGGAAUGUGCUUUUAAAGCCUCGACCCACCUCCCCCCUCUCCUGUUCUGCCCUGUGCUGACCUCUGCCGUCUCCCUCCUGACCCCACCCCUCAGGUAUGAAUCGGGGGCCAGGAAACUGGUGAGUGUGUGGGAGAGGAGAGUGCAGCCGCGUUCCGCGGUGGAGAGAAGCGAAGGCACACGUUUAACCGACUUAUGGAAUGACAAACAGGAGAUGCUCUUAUUGAAAAGCAAACAGUCCUUUGCCCUCCUCACUUCUAACCUGAUUUGUGCUGUUCCCACGACCUCUCGGGUCAGCGGUUCCAGUUGGAGGCGUUGCUGUGAGUUGUUAAUUAGCCAAGCAGCAGUGUCACAGCCUUUGAGGGUUUUUGUCCAGAUAGACUUGUUUCUGGCAGAAGACCUGGGGGUGGGGAGGGGCCUGGUCUGGCCGGGAACUGAGGUUCCCAAGGCCAGCAUGUCCAGGCCGGCUGCCCGCUGGCCAGGGGGUGACCGUCGGAAGAGGAGACCUGCCUCGCAUGACGCAGGAACAGGGACUUACCUGGCCAAGUGCUGGCUUUUGAAGCAGCAGUCACCUGAGAGAUGUUGUUUCGAGGGCAGCCUGCGGAGGGCGCGCUAGAGCACACCUUUCAGCGCUAGCGGGUCCGUGGGCCUCAGCCCCUGGGCCCUCGGCUUCUUGGCGAUGCUCCCCAUCUUGGCCCCAGAAGAGCGCAGUGAGUUCCCUGGAUCGACAGCAGCAAAGUCUCCCAGUUUAACACGAGCCACACUUAACGGGGACAUUUCCCACAGCUCCUUUCAAAGGGAAAACCCGGUGAAAGGAAUCUCAGUGACUUACUGAACACAACACAUCGAAACUGUGACUCGGUAUGUGGUCAACAGAAAGACGAUUACUGAGGUCCUUCAGACGAUUAUUUCCUAAGUCUCCACAAGGCGGUGUAGGGGUCACACUGAAACGCAUUUCCGUUCCGGGCUGGCUUUCCAUCAACCUACCGAAUGUGUGUUCAGAUUUCAUAAAACUCACUGUGACAUUUAAUUAAAAUGAAAUUAGGAAUUU